CCAUGAGCGUGCGCGCGUCGACGUUGCAUGGAAAAAGUUUCCCAGUACUCCCAACAUAUACAGAUGAUGUCCUGCUCGUACGGUUAAAAACAUCACUGUAUGCCGAUUAUGUCGUUACUGUACGCACCGGUACAUAAAACGAGAAAAAAAUUGCGACUCUAGUGAAAAGUGAAAAUCGAAAUGAAUUUCGGCGUUCCAGCGAAUUCCCUCUUGUUGUUCCGAGCUUGCGAUGAAGGCGACUACGAAACUGCUAAGAGCAUUCUUGAGCCUGCUGGGAACGACUCGGGGAGACAGUCCAAAACACGCCUGGACUCUGUCUCGGAGUGCAGUGUGGACAUCGUGCGGGGAGGACUGCCACUUGUCCCAGUGGAUUGUACUGAUGAAGAAGGGAACACUGCGUUACACUUCGCCGCUGCAAGUGGACAUGAGCAUUUAGUUAGAUUCUUAUUGAGAAAAGGAGCGUCUGUGGAUAGCCGGAAUAAUUAUGGCUGGACACCGCUAAUGCAGGCAGCGAGGUUUGGCCAUUUGAAUGUGUCUCAUAUCUUGCUUGAGAAUGGAGCAGAGAUCAAUGGCAGGAAUCGCAUGGGAGCUAGUGUACUCACUAUGGCAGCACGUGGGGGCCACACACAUGUCGCCAAACUCCUCCUUGAGCAUGGAGCAUUUGUGGAUGACUUUGACCACCUUUCUGCGGCUGAAAGAAAUGCUAAUGGGAACAACAGUAACCACAAUGAUAAUGGGAAGAACUUCUUGGAUAUCACAUCUUUAUUGGUUAGUGCUCAGCACGGUCAUGAGGCGAUGGUCAGACUGCUUUUGGAGUGGGGAGCUGACGUGAACUUUUCACAGAAGACCACGGGUUGGAGCGCUCUAAUGUUAGCCACGUUAAGUGGGAAGGCUAGUAUAGCUCAGCAGCUAGUGGAGAGAGGUGCUGAUCCUGAUCACCUUAAUGUCCUGUCCAAGACAGCUUUUGAGGUGGCACUGCAUCUUAAGCAAAAAGAGGUGAAGUGCUAUCUGGAUUCCAUCACCACAGUUCGUCCACAACCAGAUGAUGAGAAAAAAAGGCCUGAUGUUUUCAGUGCUCUAAAGCUAGGGAAUGCUCAGUUGGUGAAGGAGAUACUAGAGGAGGAUCCAUCCCAGGUGAACAUGGCUAAUGCAGAUGGGGCAUCACCUUUAAUGAUUGCAGCUGUGAGCGGUCUGUUGGAAGUGGUGCAGCUUCUGGUUGAGAGGAAUGCGGACAUAGACAAACAGGACGGUGUCCAUGGCUGGACAGCUCUUAUGCAGGCAACAUAUCAUGGGAAUAAAGAUGUGGUGAAAUAUUUGCUGAGUCAGGGAGCUGAUGUAAACCUAAGAGCCAAGAAUGGAUACACAGCUUUUGACCUGGUCAUGCUACUAAACGACCCAGACACUGAAUUAGUGAGGCUGUUGGCUGCUGUGUGUAUGAUGGUAGAUAAAGACAAGAGUAGGCACAGAGACAAGAUCUCCACCAAGAAACACCUGUCUCCCAGCGUACUUGCGCCACCAGAUGAUAAAGGAGGCCUAAAGUCCUGGUGGAACCGCAUGUCCAAUCGCUUUCGUAGACUGAAGCUAACACACACACUAAGGCAUGGUCUCCCUCCCAAUCGCCUAGCUCCAUUUCACGAUAACCCAGGGGUUCUGCUGGAUGCUACCAUGAAGGCAGAGAACAGAGCAGAAACGAACAACACUGAACCAAGUGGUACAAUUAUUUCUCCUGCUGGAGCACCUAUGGAUGACCUCACCAUUGCAUGGACUGAUAAGAGUAAAGACAGCGGUCUUGGCAGAAACAGCAGUGACAAAGAUGACUUUCUAAUUACUACAAUGCUGAGAAAUGGUGCACCUCUGACACGCCUGCCCAAUGACAAGCUUAAAGCCGUGAUCCCGCCCUUCCUGCCUCCAUCCAACUUUGAGCCGUGGAACUCGGAUCGCUCACGGGUUUUGAAAGAAGGCAAGACAAGUGAACAGUCACGUCUGACUAUGCCUCAGAGACCAAGCAAAGCCAAUUUCAACACCAGUGGAAACUCUGAUAUUACCUCCAUAAGUCGAGUAGUGAGCAGAUCCAUGAAGUUUCCCAGCAUCAGUAAGGUUCCAUCCACCUCCCCCUCCAACUCAGGCAACUAUAACUCACCUCACUCAUCAGGGGGUUCCAAUGGAGUAGGAGGGGUCAAUCGCCAUACAUCCGACUUGCAUAACCGAUCAGGUGGCAGUGCGUCUGAUAGUGUACUGUCUCAAAUUGCUGCCCAAAGGAAGAGGGCUGCAGGUCUGCUUGAUGUCAAAGCUCCACCCCCUGAGGCAUCAACUUCUACACCCCUGCCCACUGUGCCUGACAUUAGCCUGCCUAGCAUUCAAAGCAACCAAAGCAUGGUGACCAGUGACUUGCACUCCAGAUGGAAGGUUGAUCUGAAAAAGAGGCCUCAGUCUGGGAAUUCCUCCACAUCUAAGAGUACAUCCCCUACCCUGACUCCAUCGCCAUCCCCAACUCCUAAGCCUCUAAUUGGUGAAACCCUGUCUUCUGCUUCCUCCCAGCCAUGUUCUAAAAGUAGUGGUGGCUCCAGCAGUGGCACCAUCACUGAUGAAGAUGAACUUUCAGGUAUACUAAGAAAACUUUCCCUGGAGAAGUACCAGCCCAUCUUUGAAGAACAGGAGGUAGACAUGGAGGCCUUUUUGACUCUGACUGAUGGAGAUCUGCAGGAGCUGGGGAUUAAAACAGACGGGCCCAGACAGCAGAUUCUGGCAGCCAUUUCUGAACUUAAUGCUGGAAAGGGAAGAGAAAGACAGAUACUGCAGGAAACUAUCCACAAUUUCCAGUCAUCUUUUGGGAGUAGCGCAAGCAACCAGCAUCCUGCAGUUUGGGCAAGACAUCAGCUACAUACCCUUAACAAAAGGUAACACUUUGGGCCAGAUGAGGGACUGGAGAAUGGUGCCAACUCACUUCAAGACUGAUCGUACCCAAAGCAAAUGAGAAGUCACAAAGGACCUCACACGUUAUUCUGCAUAAGGGACUGCAUCUUAGAAUAACGCAUACAAGCACUGACGUAGUGUCGCAUAUUGGAUUUGUGUAUUUUGCCAUCCAAUUUGUGCUGUUUUAUGUAUUGCUAAGUUUGGGCAUGAUGACAAAUAACUGUCUCAGAUGAUAUGAUGUACACCGAUCAGCCAUAACAUUAAAACCACUUGCCUAAUACUGUGUAAGGCCCUAUUGAUGCAAAAACAGCUCAGACCUUUCAAAGCUUGGAGUCUACAAGAGCUUUGAAGCAUGCUGUGGUAUCUGGCACCAAGACAUUAGCUGCAGAUCCUGUAUGUUUUGUAGAUUGUGAGGUGGGGCCAGGACACAUUAGCCUGCUCACAGAGCCCAAUGCCAUUAAAUACCAUUCCAAUAAAGUGUACUUGCUCUGCAGCAUUUUUUAGGUACAGUAGGUGGUAUGUGUAAAAGUAACAUCCACAUAAAUGCCAGAACCCCACAUUUCCCAGUAGAACAUUGCCCAGAGCUUAACACUGCCUCCGCUGGCUUGGCUUCAUUCCAUAGUUUAUUCUGCUGUCAUGUCUUCCUUUAGAAAGCGAUGCACUCACACCCGGCCAUCCACAUGAUGUAAAAGAAAACGUGAUUUCUCCGAGCAGGCCACCUUUUUCCAUUGCUGCUUGGUCCAUUUCUGAUGCUCAUAUGCCCAUUUGUAGGCGAUUUCAUCAGUGGUUAGGGAUCAGCAUGAGCACUCUGACUUGUCUAUUGCUAUGCAGCCUCAUAUGCAGCAAGUUGCGAUGCUCUGUGCUUUCUGACACCUUUCUGUCAUAGCCAGCUUUAUCCUUCUUGUAAUUCAUUCUACAGUAGCUCUUCUGUGGUAUAGGACCAGACAGGCUAGCCUUCGCUUCCCAAGCUUAUCAAUGAGCCUUGGGUGCCCAUGACCCUGUUGCUAGUUUACCUGUAGUCCUUAUACCACUUUAUGUAGGUAUUAACUACUGCAUACUGGGGUCACUCCAUGAUUUUGGAAAUGCUCUGGCUCAGUCAUCUAGCCAUCACAGUCUGGCCAUUGUCAAAGUCACUCAGAUCCUUACACUUAUUUUUCCUGCUUCACUUCAGAUCAAAUUCAAGAACUGACCGUUCACUUGCUGCCUAAUAUAUCCCAUCCCGUGACAAGUGCCAUUAAGAUAAGAAUACAUACUCUUUCACAAAGCAGUAGUACAACUGCUGACAUUAACAAUCUUUCACAGCCUCUGGAGUAAUUACCAAAUACUAUGUUUGAAUUUGUACACAGUUUUAUGUUUAAUUAAUCAUAGUUCUAUGAAAUGUAAAGGGCAAUAUGUUUACUGUAUAAAAAUGUAUCAUAUACUGUACAUAAAACAUUUACAAUUAAGCUGGUACCUCUCUGUAAGAACUGAACAGUGCUUACAUGUUUAACAUAGAUUAUGAGGGACUAUAUAUACAGGAGUUUUCUCUAUAAUUAAACUGUUGCAACAUUACGUUCAAUCAACAAGCCAUCUGUGUUUCUAACCUAAAUUCGUUUCUCAGCCGUUUGUGGGGGAGCUUAAACGUAGGUGAAAUGUAAAAGUGUCUGUGAGCAUUUUCAAUGACAGUCAAGAAAACCGAGCGUGUAAUGUCUUGAAACUGAUGCAUACAAUAUUGGGCAUGGAUCAUUCUUUUGCUUCAGAUAUUAUCACAGAAGGAGUCUGGUUUGUGACUAUUUUGUGAGUGAUCAUAAAAGAAAAGAAAAUGCAGCAUUUGGCAUUGGAUAGACUUUGUAGACGAUUAAGUGUUUCCUUAAUUUUUUGAGCAGUGUAUUUAGCCCUGCCUUUACUCCUCCUUUUCAGGGAUGACCUCUUCCAAAGCUGCAGGGACCACCUCUCUACACAUUUUACAGAGAUUGAGGUGGUAAACCCGCUAUGCCCCUCAUAGUCAGUGUCUCCGAGUCACUGUAUGACCUACAAUUUGGAGCUCGAUGUGGAGAACAGCACUAUAUUUCCCUCAGCAAUAGCCAAAAUUUUGGUCAAUUUGUCCCCAAAAUCAGUGGAUGGAGGCGGGGACUAACUGCUGCCUAUAUCAUAUGCUUUUGACUCCUGAACUGGAUUAUUAUGGGCAUUAGUGGAUAGUCAUGAACAUCCCCAUGCACACUGCCUUGAAAAAGGUAUUAGUGGAUACUGGACUGACUAGUCUUGUGAGACUGGCAUUAAACUCACUCCACCCGAGGCCAUUCCCUAAACCGUUUCCCAUUCAUUUUCAAUGGUAGUGCUAUACACUAUACAUGUCUUGCCCCUGCAAAAUCUCAUUGGAUUUCGAGUCCAACGCCUUAACCACUCGGCCAUCGCAGCCAGACAGGUUAAAGAUAAAGUACAAGUGUUUGGAGUUCAAAUCCAAAAUGUUUCAAAAUCAGUACAGGGAAGAGACACACUAUAUUGCCAAAAGUAUUCGCUCACCCAUCCAAAUAAUCAGAAUCAGGUGUUCCAAUCACUUCCAUGGACACAGGUGUAUAAAAUCAAGCACUUAGGCAUGCAGACUGUUUUUACAAACAUUUGUGAAAGAAUGAGUCGCUCUCAGGAGCUCAGUGAAUUCCAGUGUGGAACUGUGAUAGGAUGCCACCUGUGCAACAAAUCCAGUCGUGAAAUUUCCUCGCUCCUAAAUAUUCCACAGUCAACUGUCAGCUGUAUUAUAAGAACGUGGAAGUGUUUGGGAACGACAGCAACUCAGCCACGAAGUGGUAGGCCACGUAAACUGACGGAGCAGGGUCAGCGGAUGCUGAGGCGCAUAGUGCGAAGAGGUCGCCAACUUUCUGCAGAGUCAAUCGCUACAGACCUCCAAACUUCAUGUGGCCUUCAGAUUAGCUCAAGAACAGUGCGCAGAGAGCUUCAUGGAAUGGGUUUCCAUGGCCGAGCAGAUGCAUCCAAGCCAGACAUCACCAAGUGCAAUGCAAAGCGUCGGAUGCAGUGGUGUAAAGCACGCCGCCACUGGACUCUAGAGCAGUGGAGACGCGUUCUCUGGAGUGACGAAUCACGCUUCUCCAUCUGGCAAUCUGAUGGACGAGUCUGGGUUUGGCGGUGGCCAGGAGAACGGUACUUGUCUGACUGCAUUGUGCCAAGUGUAAAGUGUGGAUGACAGAGUCUGGUGUGGAGGAACUUGACUGGCCUGCACAGAGUCCUGACCUCAACCCGAUAGAACACCUUUGGGAUGAAUUAGAGCGGAGACUGAGAGCCAGGCCUUCUCGUCCAACAUCAGUGUGUGACCUCACAAAUGCGCUUCUGGAAGAAUGGUCAAAAAUUCCCAUAAACACACUCCUAAACCUUGUGGACAGCCUUCCCAGAAGAGUUGAAGCUGUUAUAGCUGCAAAGGGUGGACCGACGUCAUAUUGAACCCUAUGGAUUAGGAAUGGGAUGUCACUUAAGUUCAUAUGCGAGUCAAGGCAGGUGAGCGAAUACUUUUGGCAUCUUAAAGAUUCACAGGUAAAUGUUGUUUUAAUCUAUAAGGCAGGAUGUGUGCAAAUUGUUCUACAGUGCUGUGAGGAAUUGAAGCAUAUUCCACAUUGCUGAAGACUCGGGUGUUUCAGCCAGGGCAUCAAGCAUCAGGCUGCAAAUGAUCAGGUAGACGUUGCAUCAAAUGGGCUGAGAAUAAACAAGUCUUCAUUCCAAACAAGUCCAGAGAUUACCAGAGAUUAUUGUUUACUUUAUCCUCUCUGGUGCGCUCAUCAGUAAAUCCAGCCUAUGAAUUUUUUUGGUUUGAAAGUAAAUCUACUUACUGUUGGACAUCCAUACCAUCCCUAAGCACAACACAUAAAGAACAUUAUUGCCAGAAGUGAACUAUGAAUUUAUCCUUUAAAGACUGCAUGUCCUUUUUUUUAUCAAUUUAAUUUUAAGCUAUUUGUAGCAUAUUAAAGAUAAUUUAAAAAAGUAUAUAAAAAACAAAUGUAAAGACA